UUAACUUCCGGCAGGAAAGCCGGUUCUGCCGGCGGGCGUGGGAGCGGGGCUGCCCUGGACGCGGCGCCCGUCGGCCCCCGCCACGCGUGCGUGAAGGCCCUGGCCGGGCUCCUGCGGCGGGAUCCGGGCAGCCGCGCGCUGGGCCAGACUCCGGAAGGCAGGAACGGGGCGGCUCAAAUAACUGAUUCCCUGCCACCCACCUGGGAGACCUGGCUACUGACUGGUCCGGGCCUGGCCCCUGGCCGCUGUGGGCACUGAAGGAGCGAGCUAGCAGGAACUGACCGACCUGCAGAGAGAUCCUCCGGCCCAGUGCUCCGCGGGACCCGUGGGGGACGACCUGUUCCACUGGCAGGCCACCAUCAUGGGCCCGACGGACAGUCCCUACCAAGGAGGGCUUUUCUUCCUGACCAUCCACUUCCCUACGGACUACCCUUUCAAGCCCCCGAAGGUUGCUUUCACAACCAAAAUCUAUCACCCCAACAUCAACAGCAAUGGCAGCAUCUGCCUCGACAUCCUGCGGUCACAGUGGUCCCCGGCGCUGACCGUGUCCAAAGUUCUCUUGUCCAUCUGCUCCUUGCUCUGCGACCCCAAUCCCGAUGACCCACUGGUGCCGGAGAUAGCCCACACCUACAAGGCCGACAGAGAGAAGUACAACAGACUAGCGAGAGAGUGGACACAGAAAUACGCUCUGUAAGUGUCUUGGACAAGGUCUUGUGGGAGAUACUGCCCAGGAGAAGCUGGCCAGAGGGGUCUCUCGUGAGACUGUGCUGUGGGCUGGGCCACGGAGCGCGUCAUGUGUUCUUCAAACGCUGGUCACCCGCCGGGUCCUGCUGCAGUGUGUCGGGGCGCGGUCAGCCAUUGUGAUGGUUUUGACAGUGUCAAGUGUUUUGGUGCCAAAUCAGCAGGCUCCCUGGGUACACCAGAAUCCGUCCAGCUGCCCCGCGCCUCUGCUUGUCUCUGGGGCUGGGCCCUGCACGUCUCCCUCACCCGGCCUCAGAGGACGUUGCUGCUCACGGUGGCACCACGUGGGCCUGCCUGACCCCUCACCACACCCUCUGCCUGUACAAGGCAGAGCAGGCUCCUCGCCCUGUCUGCACAGCCACAGCCGGGGAGUCUGCUCUCCUUCCGGAGGCCCAGGAGUGCGCAGCAGCGACCCCGGAAGUGGAGGCCUCGCCUGUGACUGCCAGGCUUCCUCCAGGCCCACCCAAGAAGCGGCAAGUGGAAGGUGCCAGGCUACACCCACGGGGGGACUUUUUAGAAGCAGGAACAAACUGAUGCCACUGGAGAGAUCCGGUUUAUGCUUUUCUACGUAAUGAGGCCCCCCCCCCCGCCGCCGCUGCACACCUCCUCCCACCUGGAGCCUACUCGAAGUGCACGUGGAAGCCACUCAGACGGCCACACAGGAGGGGCGAGACCUUAAUUGUCAAUUAAAAUGGAGCUCAUAACUCUAAA